AAUCUUUCCCUAUAAAAUUCCCAAUUCUCAUCACUCUCACCACCAAACGCACCAAGUCAAAUCUCCAUUAAUUUUGUAGUAACAAGAAAAAAGGUAAACAAAAUGCGCGUGAGCAACAAUCUGGUGGGAAUUCUGAACUUGGUGACGCUGCUGCUCUCGAUUCCGAUAAUCGGCGGCGGGAUAUGGCUCUCGAAGCAGGCGAACACCGAGUGCGAGCGCUUCCUCGACAAACCGGUGAUCGUGCUCGGGGUUUUCGUGCUGCUGGUGUCGAUCGCGGGGCUGGUGGGAUCGUGCUGCCGCGUGACGUGGCUGCUGUGGGUGUACCUGCUGGUGAUGUUCCUCCUCAUCCUGCUGCUCUUCUGCUUCACGAUCUUCGCCUUCGUCGUCACCAACAAGGGCGCCGGCGAAGCCCUCUCCGAUAAAGGAUACAAGGAGUAUCGCCUCGGCGAUUACUCCAAUUGGUUGCAGAAUCGAGUCAACGACAAUUGGGGUAAGAUCCGGAGCUGCUUGGAGGAUAGCAAAAUUUGCCAGAAGCUGCUUACCGAUAGCUCAACUCCUGCUACGGAAUUCUACAAGGAGCAUCUCUCUUCGCUUCAGUCGGGAUGCUGCAAGCCAUCAAACGACUGUAACUUCCAAUACAUGAGCCCGACAAAUUGGACGGGCACACCUCCGGCAUCAGGGAAUCCGGACUGUGGGAGAUGGAGCAACGAUGUGAAUAAGCUGUGCUACGAGUGCGACUCGUGCAAGGCGGGGCUGCUGGAUAACAUAAAGAGUGAUUGGAAGAGGGUGGCAGUGAUCAACAUAGUGUUCCUGGUGUUUCUGGUGAUCGUCUACACGGUGGGAUGCUGCGCCUUCAGGAACAACAGGGAAGACAAUUCUUAUAAACGAUACCCUUAAACUAGAAAGACACUAUCAUCGGUGGCUGCCUGCCUUUGUAUUCUUGGCAGCUUGGUUUUAUUAGGUGUGCAGUGCAGUGAAUUUUUUCUUUCUUUCUUUCGGUUUUCUUUGUUAGACUUGCUCAUAUUCUAUUACUCCUUACAUAUAUUGUUUUGCGCACAGUAUUUCAUUCUAUAUAAAUCUAGUUUUGUCAA